AUGAAUAAUUAGUACAUUACAAAAAUUGUCUCUAAGGAAGAGGAUGAUUACGACGAAGAAUUAAGAUUUUGGAUCUCGAUAAAAUCAGUGAUUAUAAUGAUGAUGAUCUGAAUCUGGUAAUUUACAAUUUGCAUUCUCUAGACAAACCAAAACGAUCAUAAUAAGGUAUAACAUCAUCCACGUACAAUGAAAUUCUGCCAAACUCACUCAUUAAUAAAAAAGAGUACCAUCAAAAAAAUGAGUAUUAUUUUAAUUUUUAUGGAUUAUUUCAAAUACUGUCCAUGGGAUGGAUAUCGCUUCUCAGAAAAUGAUGUUCAAUGUUUCAUUUGUAGACGACCCAAGUAUUAGCUGACUGUAAUGUGCUUAUAUUUAACCUAAGUCUUACAUCUAGGAAGAAUAAGAACAAAAGAAAUGGGAAAAAAUAUUGUAUGAAAAACAACCUUAUGAUGACAAUUAUAUUGAUGAAACAUUUCUUCAAAGCGUAUAAAAACAAGACAACACUAACAAUGGACCUGAUUACAAACAACUCAUCAGCAAGACUUCAGAUUUAAUUUUUGCAGUCAAUUGUGUUGUAUUCUAUCUUUUGAGUUAUUUCUUAAUGCUACAUGAUAUGGUCAAUGAUUAGUUAUAACUCUACUUUUGGCUAGCCGCUGCAAUCACUUGUUUGAUCAUGUUUUCUGUAGUCAAGAAAAUGAAGACCUUGGAAAUAUUAAGCAAUUUUAAGAGUAUUGGAAUUUAUAUUUCGAUUUUGUUACUAUUUGCACCUGUAAUGCAAACAGUCAAUCAAACCUAUGCUGAUAAUACUAUAUAUGUACUUACAAGUGUGGCAAUCCUAAUUUACAUAUUUUUAAAGGAUUAUGAUUACGAAAAGGAUUUCACAGAAUUGGAUGUCUCAUAAUGGGCAUCAUUGGUGUUUUCCAGUUUGUUGGCCUCGAGAUUGCACAAUGAACUCUAAGUGUUUUUGAUGAUAUUUGCAUCCAACCUCUUGUUCAUUUUUGUUCCCAUACUCCAGAGAAGCAUUAAAUAGAAGUACAACUCUGUGUUCAGAGUCAUCAACUUGAUUUCCACUAUUGGAUUGGGAUUGUCAUUACUAUUUUUUUCAUAUUUCUUGGCUCUUCUAUUUUUUGGAUGGUAAUAUUAUUUUAAUAUCUUUAACUAGUGUCUUCUUCAUUACUUUUGUUUCCCCUCUGCAAAUCAUCUGGUUAUAUUAAUACAAGAAGUAUCAAUAUAUUAUCAAACUUCUAGUACUAUUCGUGGCCCAUGGGAUUUACCAAAUGUUAAAUAAUAUGAUUGAAA